CAGCCUUUAAGGAGAUUUUCACAAUUACGUCAUUUUAAUUGAUAAAAAGGAGCAUCUCGUUUUCAUGUUAUUCUGUAUUUUCACAGGAUAUGGAAAUAUAUCUAGACAUUGUGCAAAGUUGCCGUACUCGCACAAGAUUACGAACAAUAGUUAUAACCGCUCGAUUGAUUUUCCAUAAAAGAUGCAAACGAAUGAAACUAUUGUUUACGAUACACCGUAAUUGGCUUAUUUAAAACCAACCUUUUGUGUUUGAAUUAAAUUGCAUUGUUUGUGAUCACCGUUCCAGAUUCGGCAGCGUGGCGGGGCCUGUAACAAUCAACGGCCAUUUUCAAAUUUUUGGAACGAUCUCAGCUGAUUUUCAUAUGUUGUAACCAUUUUGAUACAAGUUUUUAUACUCACACAAAAUAUAAGAAACAGUGUAGCUGUAUUUUUAUGUAUAAGCAAAGAUGUUAGAAAAAGAAAACGUUUAUAAUUUGCGCAAUCGUAAUGUGAAACGUAUGUUAUGGCCAGUAGAUCAUGACCAACUUAAAAGAGACUUAAGAAAAGAACAAGAGAAAAUUGGAAAAGAGUUGACUCAAAAAUAUAAUUUUGACUUCAGCUCAUCACAGCCAUUACGUGGAAAAUAUGAUUGGGUUCAUGUUGGUCCUGAAUCGCCUUUAUCCAGUCCAUGUUUAAUCGAAGAAAAAGAUCCUUGCAGUUCCAGCACGAAAGCGUGUGUUUUUGACGAAAAACCAACCCGAAAAUUGAGAAAGAAAACAAGUAAUAAGUUAAAAAUAAGAGAAAGUGUAAAGAAUGUUAAAGUAAACCAGGCUGUUUCAAGUCCACCAUGCAAACGAAGAUCUGAAAGAAAGAAAACUUGUCGAAAAAGAAAAUAAAUUUUCGAAAAACGUGGUUAAAAAUUGUCUUAUGGACACUAAAUAUAUAUAUAUAUAUAUGUAUUUAUAUAGAUAUAAUUAUUCUUUAAUAGAUUUAUAUUUAUAUCACACACGCAACAUUUGCUAUGCUCAAUAUUUUUCGGGAAAGUAAAUUUUAUGCGGAGUUAAUUCGAAACGAAUUUUAACUGAAAUCGUCUGGAAUGUUUCAAUUAUGUACCCGUUCCAUGUCCUAUAAAAAUUUAUAAUUUGUUUCAUCAGUUUUUUGUUUCGUUUUUGUUUUUGGUAAAAAAAAUAAUUUGAUAUUUAAGUUCUAAGUAUUUUUUUUAGAAUCCUUUCUAGCUUCCCAACAACAUGUUUUGUCCACUUUCCUGUCCACAUAACUGUCACAUGUAUUCAAUUUCAUCUUUAAUUACAAAUUUAUUCUACAGGGACAAGUUUUCCUGAUUAUUUGGUUAGACUUCCACAAAACUCCUAAAAUUUAUUUGGCAACUUCCUUUGAAAUUGUCAUAAUAAUGCAAGCGUCGAUGUCAAAAAUUAUGACAAUAUUUUGUUGUUAUUUUUUGCAAAAAUAGAUUUUAUGUACCUAAUAUGCUAUACCUUCUGGAAAUUGAAUGUAUUCUUGCAAAGAUAGAAAAUGGCAAAAACUUCAGGAAAUUAAUUUUUAAUUUUUAGUCUUUUUAGUUAUCAGUGAACCGUUUACUUUUUUUUAUUGUCAUUAAAAUUUCUGUUUUUGUCGCACAAAGUGAUACUCCUGAAAAAAAUUCUGAAUUUACUUUUUAAAAAAGAGUGGUCACCAUGUAUGUAUAUAUAAAUAUAAACUGUAAAUAUUUUUAUUUUAUAGAACUUUAUUUUUGUUAUAUAUUGAUAAAACAUUGCAUACAGAUUCUUUUGAUGGAAAAAAGACAAACCUAUCUUCUUUUAAAGGCGCGUUAUAACUAUCCUGCAAUUUAAAAAUCCUAAA